GUCUCUCUCACAGCACAGCAGCACAGCAGCACAGAAAACAAGAAACCAGAGCAAAAACGUGAAUUCAUUUAGCAAGCUUGCAGCUCUCUUUAUCCAAAAGAUAUCUCAUUUCAUGGACAAAGGGCAUCAAGCUCGUUAAUGGUGUUAUCCCCUUUGCAUUGCCUUUAGAGAGUACAAAGGAUGAAGCUACUGUUACCAUCCUUCAUCUCUGCUGCCAUUGAUGAUGAUGGGUUUCUGUUUAGGGGUUUGCAUUGGUUGGAAGGUGAUGAAGAUGUUCUACUUGUUUUGUGGAAGAUGUGGGUUGAGGUCAGGAGGGCAGUGGUGGCGCCGGUGCUCAGAUUUGUGACGUUUUCAUGCAUGAUCAUGUCCGUCAUGUUGGUGCUGGAGUUUGUGUGGAUGGGCGCGGUCAGUCUUGGUGUCAAGCUUCUCCGGAGGAGGCCGGAGAAGAGGUACAAAUGGGAGGUGUUCAAGGAGCAAGAUGAGGAUGUUGAGCUGGGGACCUUGGUUUAUCCCAUGGUUCUUGUCCAGAUCCCCAUGUUCAAUGAAAAGGAGGUUUAUAAGCUGUCGAUUGGGGCUGCUUGUGGUUUGGAAUGGCCGCCGGAUCGGAUCAUCAUCCAGGUGCUCGAUGAUUCCACUGAUCCCAUUAUCAAGGCUUUGGUGGAGCUUGAAUGCAAGGCUUGGGCGAGCAAGGGCAGGAAUAUAAACUAUGAAGUCAGAAACAACAGGAAAGGUUACAAGGCAGGUGCCUUGAGAGAAGGAAUGGGUUACAGCUAUGUAAACCAGUGUGACUUUGUCGCUAUUUUUGAUGCUGAUUUCCAGCCUGAUCCUAAUUUUCUCUUGAGGGCAAUGCCUUUCCUUGUCAACAACCCCAAGAUUGCCCUUGUUCAAGCACGUUGGGAUUUUGUGAAUAUUGAUGAGUGCCUGAUGACAAGGAUACAAAAGAUGUCAUUAGACUACCACUUCAAGGUAGAGCAGGAAGCAGGUUCAUCUGCCUUCGCCUUCUUUGGUUUUAAUGGGACAGCUGGAAUAUGGCGAAUAGCAGCUAUAAAUGAGGUCGGAGGCUGGAAGGAUCGAACCACAGUGGAAGACAUGGACUUGGCUGUUCGCGCAAGCCUCAAAGGGUGGGAGUUCCUAUAUGUUGGUGACCUGAAGGUUAAAAGUGAACUACCAUGUAAUUUCAAGACAUACCGUCAUCAACAACAUCGCUGGACAUGUGGACCUGCAAAUUUGUUUAGAAAAAUGGCAAAGGAUAUAGUGAAGGCAAAGGAGGUGUCCUUAUGGAAGAAGUUUUAUAUGGUUUACAGUUUUUUCUUCGUACGGAAGAUAAUAUCCCCCAUUGUCACCUUCUUUCUUUAUUCUGUUGUAAUUCCAGCAUCUGUUAUGGUUCCAGAAGUUAGCAUUCCUACAUGGGUUGUGGUUUACAUUCCUACAACCAUCAGCCUUCUCAAUGCAAUCAGAAAUCCAAGGUCUAUCCAUUUGAUGCCAUUGUGGAUUCUAUUCGAAAAUGUCAUGUCUAUGCACCGCAUGAAAUCAAUGAUGAUCGGUCUGUUCGAAGUAGGGAGUGUUAACGAAUGGGUUGUUACUGAGAAGCUCGGAGAUGCUCUCAACGCUAAUCCCGAAAUCCAUCUACUUGAGAAACCUCCAAACAAGUUCAGAGAAAGGCUCAACUUCUCGGAACUUGGAUUUGCAGUCUUCCUCUUAUUUGCUGCAAGCUACGAUCUCGCCUUUGGAUUGAACUUGUAUUGCAUAUACAUCUUUCUCCAAGCCAUUGCAUUUCUAGUUGUGGGAUUUGGUAUGGUUGGCAAACAUGUCUCCAAUUCUUAG